AUGGCCACCGUCGGCGUCGUCCUCCUGCUCCUCCUACUUGCACCGUUCCUCGCGGCCGCCGAUAUGUUGUGCGACAACCUUAAGGCCGCCUUGGUCACCCUCCCAAAUAACACCUCCUCCUCCCCGGUACGCUUCGCCACUGCCGCCUUCGGCCGAGCCCCCGACAUCGUCUACGCAUUCACGAUCUGCCGCGGCGACAUCGUCGGCGUCAUCUCCAACCAGUCCUACUGCCGCGAGUGCGUCAGCAACAUGACUGACAAGGUGUUGAACGCUGCGCCGCAACAGUGCUACAACGGCACCUACCACGACUACGGUGACCGCUGUAUCCUCGUCUACUCCACAGACGACAUCAUCGCGCCGCCGUCUGGCGAAAACGGCGGCGAUGACACGCCAGUCGAGAGAUGGAACGACAAGAACGUCACCGGCCAUGCCGAUGAGGUCCGCCUCAUCACCGGCCUCAUCCGUGAGCUUCUGGUGCAGACGGUGGAGAAGGCGGCCAGCGCGGCACCGAUGCGAUUUGCCACAGGCAUCAUGGACAGCGGCACGACCUUCCCGAUGGUGCGCUCCUUGGCGCAGUGCAGACCAGACGCAUCCACCGUCGACUGCUUGGCGUGCCUGCGUCGUCUCCUCGGCGUGGUCAACGCCACCAUGUCCCUACGCAUGGGAGCACAGAUCAACGCCAUACGGUGUUAUUUCAGGUACGAGGCGUAUCGGUUCUAUGGCGGUGAAGCGACGCUGCGCCUCACGCCACCGCCGGCGCCGUCGCUAGCUCCGACUCCGGCAAAACGCAAGAGUAAAGCGGGAGAGGAAGAACUAGGAUGGCAAGGGAAGAAUUCAGAGUUCUCCAUGUUUGAGUUUGAACAGGUACUAGUGGCCACAAAUAAUUUUUCAGAAGAAAACAAACUUGGAGAAUGUGGCUUUGGCACU